AUGCCAAGAACUGUUUCCGUCCAACGAAUGGACCUUUUGCAACAAAUGCAACAUCCAACGACCUCCUCGAACACAUCAUUGCAGCGUCUCAAACCGUUUCUGUUGAUCCUCUUUUACUUGACCAUUGGAUGUUGGUAUGGUGUUGCAGUUCUGUCAUUUCCAUUCUAUGAAAUCUUAAAGGAAAAUAUUGUAAAAGAUGGCUUUCGUUUCUUGUAUGGCAAUGCGACCGGAUUUUUGGACCUCCCACUGCCCUUUGAUUUGCUGAUCCAGUUGUUAUCCAACACGGCAGAUGACGAGGUCCUUGUCAAGCUCGUAUUCCCUCUUCUCCUUUCGGUAGGAAUCAUGAUUGGCAUCUUCUUCUCCCAACAUUUGUCGUAUACCCUCAAAGCGAGAACAUCACUGGAACACAAGAUUUUCAUAAUGCAAAGGUAUAGGUCAACGAUGGAACGACGAGAUCAUCACUCUCCAGUCGAGAAUCCAUAUGAUCUUGGUUGGUACUUCAAUCUGAAGCUCGUCCUUGGACCAAAUAUUUCCUUAAUCUUCUUGCCCAUUUCCGUAGAUGGCCUAUUGCACAUCUCAGAGGAUGUACACAAAACGGACUAA